GGUCUCCGCAUUGCACUGACUCAGGUCCAUCUUCGUCCCACAAGCACCCAGCAGCAGCUUGAUCAUGACGUUCGAUAUUGCACCGGGCAUGACGUCAGAGCAACCACGCAAUGGGUUUUUAAGCCCUUCUCCCUCGUGAGAGAAGAGGGGUCUCAGAUGGCAGUCAACAGCAUCGCAUUUCAUUGCCUCCGCCUUUAGACAUAUUCCAACUACCUACCUAGUUUUCUCACAGUCACACGGAUCAAGGAAAAGCACCCAGCCAGCAUGCCUCGCCAGGGAGACGGGUCAGCCGACAACGCGAUCGAGGCGGGCCACAACAUCAUCCACGGCGCUGGCGUUGUAGAGACCACUCGCGUGAGCCGCGCAGACAAGACGGCGCCGAUGCCCGAGUACGAGAAAGGGGCCGGGCUCGGGAAGGUGGGCGCGAGCGGUGGGCGGAGCGAAGGGAAGGACCAGGGCGGCAGGAGUCGGACGAACUGAAUGCUGUUUCAAGCAGACGAUUGAGAGCGCUCGUGCUAGGUACGUAGGUAGUAUGACAAGUUAGGGAGCAUGGCAUUGCAAGAGCGAUAAGAAUCGAUCAAUGAUGCCUAGGACAUGCUUUUCGCUGUCGGUCUUCCGAAACUGCGUCGAUGAUGACUUUGCGGAGGUCUCCUGUCCCUGAACUCGCCACUAAUACGUUUGAAAAGCCUCCUGGAAUCCAAAUGUGAAAUGUAGCCGUGUCC